GUGUUUAUCCCAAAGGACAGACUGCCAAACUGGUUGGACAACAUUAAGACACCUGAAUGAAGAAAUGGAGAACUAGUUUGACCAAACAGACAGGGCAGACUUCAAGCGAAAGAGAAAAGAAGUUAAAAAAAAUCAGGUGUUUCCUUUCAGCUCCGGGUUCUAAGUUCAGUUGUUGUCUGCUGCUGGUGUGGUGGCAGUUUGCUGCUGUCCCAGUUUGUUUGGAGGAAAGCUGUCGCGGGACAGACGCACACAUCUGUAACAACACGCGCGCACGUACACACACACCGGAACAACAGCACGAGCUCUGUUUACGAGGAGGACUGCGCGCCACCAUGCCUGUGCGACAGAAAGAUGCUCAGAGAGCCCUGGAGCUGCUCCAGCAGUAUCGAGUCAAACUGGACCAGAGGCAGCAGAACCAGAACCGAGCGAAACAGGGUCCGGUGGAGGAGGACCGCCAGCUGCAGCAGUCUCUGGACAGAGUCAUUAAUGUCUUCCAAAGCAAACUCUUCAGUGCUCUACUUGAUAUCCAGGAGUACUAUGAGUUGACCAUCCUAGAAGACAGCAAGACCUCUGUGGACCAGAAAGAAAGUCCUGAGAACCUCUCCUCUCCCUGCAACCUGUCAGCAGAACCCCCAGCCCAGCAGCAAACUCCCCCUGGUCCUUUAAGCCCCCAAGCUUCAGGGGCACCAUCUAAACCAACAUCUGUGUCCUCCAAACCCAGGUCUAUAAAAUCCCCCGCACCACCUGUUCCAACCGUGACCCCUGCAAAAACGCCACCUUCCCCCGCAUCGCAGCCAGGCUCCCCACCGUCCCGGUCCACUAAAGUCAAAUACCGUGCUCCCCUUCCUCCUGUCCAACCUGGAGCGUCCACAUCAGCAGAGUCAGAACUGUCCAAACGCUCCUCACCAUCCAAAACCUGUUCACCCUCUGCCGCUGCUUCCUCCAGUUUUACUGUGAGCAACGUAGACGCCCCCUCUACCCCCCAAAAAACGACUCCAGGAGUGUCCCUAAACGGAAUGCAGCCACAAGCUUCGGCGAGUACACAAAAACCUCCUUCCCCCCUGGACCUGAAUCUGGUGACCAUCUCCGCGCUCGUCUCCAGCUCCAUUCAAGGCCUCGUUUCACCGACCUCUCCGGGCAAAGCCAGUCCUACCAUCCCCAGUCCCAGUCUCAGUCCAGUCUCAGGAGCCGCCACAGUUUCUAAACCCGCUUUAACCAGCAAAGACUCAGAACUGGGAAAAGGCAGUGCCAGCAAGAGUCCAACGAGCCCCGGUGGAAAAUUCCCCUUUGAGAUCCAGAGUCCUAAAAGUCCGUCGUCCAAGUUAAACAAAGGACCACCUCUGAGUCCAACCAGCCCUGGAUCAGCAAAGAUCACAUCGACUAGCCCCGGCACUGGUUCCAGGCCUGCUACGAGCCCCCUGUCCCACAACAAAAAGUAUCGGUGUCAAGAAGAGGAAGGGGCUUCACCGGGAGCCCCCAGACUCCACCAUCACACCUGCCCUCAGCACCCGAUGGGAUUAGCCAGACAGUUGAGCGAUGGAGGGACCUUGGGGCGGGACGGAGGAACCCUCGGACGAGACGGGGGCUCUCUCGGACGAGACGGGAGCACUCUCGGACGAGACGGGGGGACCCUGGGGAGAAAUGGGGGGACAUUGGGGAGGGACCGAGGAACGUGGAGGAGAGACGGAGGGGGCGCCGGGAGCACGGAGCGAGAACGGGAGCGGUCCCUGGGAAGGGACGGGUCUCUCGGCCGUCACGGUGACCUUCGCGGAGCGGAGCUGGUUCAGGUGGCGGAGAGGCAGCUGUCUCAGAUUCAACACGUUCACGGAUACGUCACUCACACACACAUCGCACCUGCUCAGGCCAACCCCCCUCCAGUGGUGGUGAACACCGACAGUGUUGACACCCCACCAUAUGUCAAUGGAACAGAAGCAGACUAUGAGUAUGAAGAAAUCACUCUGGAGCGGGGGAACUCGGGCCUCGGCUUCAGUAUCGCUGGAGGCACAGAUAACCCCCACAUCGGAGAGGACCCCUCAAUCUUUAUCACCAAAAUUAUUCCAGGAGGAGCUGCAGCCCAAAAUGGACGACUCAGGGUGAACGACUGUAUAGUUCGGGUGAACGACACCGACGUCAGGGAGGUGACUCACAGCGGGGCUGUGGAGGCGCUGAAGGAGGCAGGAGGACUGGUCCGGCUGUGUGUACGACGCAGACGCAGCCUCACCGAGAGGGUCAUGGAUAUUAAACUGGUCAAAGGGCCCAAAGGUUUAGGAUUCAGUAUAGCAGGAGGAGUUGGAAACCAACACGUUCCCGGUGACAACAGCAUCUAUGUGACAAAAAUCAUCGAGGGGGGAGCGGCACACAAAGAUGGACGGUUACAAAUCGGGGAUAAACUUGUUGCUGUAAACGGCUCCUGUUUGGAUGAGGUAACUCACGAGGAGGCAGUAGCUGCGCUGAAGUCCACUCCUGAUGUUGUGUACCUCCGUGUGGCCAAACACAGCGCCAUUUUCAUCAAUGAAAACUUCCCCCCACCUGAUGUCACGAACUCGUAUUCCCCACAUCAGGACAACCAUGUAAGCCCCUACAUGAGUGGCAGCCAAUCAGUAAGCCCCGCCCCUCUGACCACGCCCAGAUACUCACCGUUGCCCAGGUCCAUGACAACAGAAGAUGAUGUCACCAGGGAACCCAGACGAGUGGUGCUGCAAAGGGGCUCUACGGGUCUUGGGUUUAACAUUGUUGGAGGGGAGGAUGGAGAGGGAAUCUUCAUCUCCUUCAUACUCGCUGGAGGUCCAGCUGAUCUCUGUGGGGAGCUCAGAAAGGGAGACCGCCUCCUGUCGGUGAAUGGGGUGGACCUGACCAGCGCGACUCAUGAACAGGCAGCUGCAGCUCUGAAGAACGCCGGACAGACGGUUACUAUUGUAGCCCAGUACAGACCGGAGGAGUACAGUCGUUUUGAAGCGAAGAUCCAUGACCUGAGGGAACAAAUGAUGACCAGCAGUGUCAGCUCCAGCUCCACGUCUCUCCGCCCCACACAGAAGCGCACACUUUACAUCAGGGCUUUGUUUGACUACGAUGGAAGUGGAGCAGAUCUGAGCGCUCCCAGUCAGCCCCUACCGUUUCAUUUCGGGGAUAUCCUUCAUGUGAGCAGCGCUGGUGAAGAGGAGUGGUGGCCCGCCCGUCACCUCAGCCCCCCGCCCCCAAACUGCCCGGAAGUUGGAGUCAUCCCCAGCCGCAGGAGAGCGGAGAAGAAGGAGAGGUCGAGGCUAAAGACAGUCAGAGUGUCAAGGUCUCAGGAAAGAUCGGACCAGGAUGAGAAAGAGCUGGUAACCUCUGGCACCAGUGAUAAUGAGAGUAGUUCCUCCGGCCAGGAGGAGGUCUUCCUCACGUACCAACCUGUUAUGCAGCAGGAAGUUAACUACACACGGCCGGUCAUCGUGCUUGGACCAAUGAAAGACCGGGUCAACGAUGACCUCAUCUCUGAGUUCCCAGACAAGUUUGGCUCCUGCGUCCCGCACACGACACGGCCGCGGCGAGACUACGAGGUGGACGGCAGAGAUUACCACUUCAUGCCCUCCAGAGAGCUCAUGGAGAGAGAAAUUCAGGAACACAAGUUCAUCGAGGCAGGACAGUACAACAACCAUCUGUACGGAACCAGCAUACAGUCUGUCAAAGAAGUUGCUGACAAGGGUAAACACUGCAUACUGGACGUGUCUGGGAAUGCCAUAAAGCGUCUCCAGAUGGCAGGACUUCAUCCCAUAGCUAUCCUCAUCAGACCGCAUAGUGUCGACAACAUCCUAGAGAUGAUCAAGCGUUUGACUGAGGAACAGGCGAGAAAGACUUUCGACAGAGCUGUCAAACUGGAGCAGGAGUUUGCAGAAUACUUCACCGCUAUUGUCCAGGGCUCAUCUCUUGAGGAAAUUCACUCGCAGGUGAAGCAGAUCAUUGAGGAGCAGUCUGGUCCUUACAUCUGGGUCCCCACCAAGGAGCGACUCUGAACAAACGCAGAGAUCUUACAUUCAUAAACAUCAUAAACACGUCUCUCUCACAACACUUUCCACUUGAUUCUUUCUUUUUUCUACUAUCAGCCUGCUUCCUCUCUUUUACAUCACCACACACACACACACACACACACACACACACACACACACACACACACGCUCGUUCACACAAGCACAUGAAGUUGGCGAGGCUGGGACUAUCUGGGACUGCUCCUCCCUGAAGUGGGCGGGGCUUAUGUCUGUCCAGCAGCCUAUUGGUGGAUCUUCCUGCAGCUCAGUUCCUUAAUGUUUAAGGAGUUGGUUCAAAUCAAGGCAACAUGUACCAUUAUCUGAUUUAUUUCAUUGUUGUUAUUAUUGUUGUUGUUGUUUUCAUAUUAACAAAGGGUAAUGCAUUCAUGUAUGGGUUUGUACUGAUAAUAUUGUCACCAAGAGGCAGACAUUUGCACGCUGUAGCUUUAAGAGCAUGUUUUUCGGACAAAAAUCUUAAAACUUAUUCCCCGUCUGUCUUUCUUUCUCUCUUUUCUCAUGACAUCCUUUAUGUUUAAUGUUUUUUUCCCCCUCAUUUCUUCAUUCCCUUGUUUCCUCUUCUCAUUCACAACUUUUAAAUAAUAUGUGAAAAUAAAUAUUGUAGUUUUGUUGUUCCCCAGCAUUCUUGUCACAGAGGGCCAAAGUAUCGGGCAGCUACUGUUCUUUGAUGUAGCAGGAAAACUACUCCAUUUAUAUUCAGGAAAAAUAGAGUUAUAAAUAAUAUUUGCAGGCCAUAGGCAAUGAUUCUAACGAUGAAGACUAUUCAGAGAUUUUUGUUUGUUUUUAAUGAAUGAGGUGUGCGACUCCCAAUACCUGCAGCCAGGAGUGAAAUGCUAAAUUUAAAUAUAGCUUAAGAUAUUUGGAUUCUUUUCGAUUAUAAUCAUUUCCGUUUGACACAACUGUUACUCUGGCUGCUAUAUUCUGCAAAUAUUUUAAUCCUAUAGCCGCACAUGUAAGAUUUUAAUACUCCUAAACAGCAAUGAUGUUUGCUUCUUAUUGAAUCCUGAUUAUUAGAAACACCAGUAUGUUACAUUUCCAUGUUGGAAAUGCUCAGACCUGGAGUUGACUUCUUAAUUCACCUAAGAUACACUUUAUUAUUCAACAAGACAUUGCAAAGAAAAGAAUUAAUCAAAAGUAAAAACAUCAUUUAUUUGUUUCUUUAACAAAAAGAAAAUGUAAGGAAAUACCUCUAACAGCUUACUCCGACUUGUUACUCAUAAACAAACACACUUAAAGCCAAACGAACAAUAAAUUUUUUUUGUUUUUAGAAAGAAGUCAAAAUGAAGGUUUUAUGUUUUUGUUUUUUUGUUGAUUAUAAUGAAGAAUUAGGGCCACACUACAAGAUAUUUUUUAUUUAUUUAGUUUUUAAUUACAAAAUUAAAGUCGAAACUAGAUUAAAGCCGUAAUAUUACAAGAAUAAAGUCAUAGUAUUCCCAGAUUAAAGUCAUAAUGACAAUAAAAUCAUAAUAUUAUGAGAAUAAAAUCAUAAUAUUAUGAGAAUAAAGUCAAUAUUACAAGAACUGCAUUAAAUUGUUAAAUGUUGAGCAUCUUGUGAAGUUACACUUUGGUAUCAGUUUUACAAAUUUAACUGCGUCAAAUUAUCAUCAGUAGCAGGACUUUAAAAGAAUUGUGCAAAUGACUAAUUGAAUUUAUAUGAUAAACUGAAGCUGUGUGGCAUCGCUGUUAAUGGUUGCAGUGAUGGAUUUAGUCGUCACAUCAUUUAAAUGGAAACUUAUUGCACCAACAGUGACCUAAAAGUAAUCAGACUACUUUAUAAACAGUAACACGUUUAGAGGCUGUCCACAGCAGGUCGGAGUCGACCCAGGAACAAAACAUCAUGUAAGAUUAUGACAUUAUUCUCAUAAUUUAAUUUUUGUAAUAUUAUAACUUAAUUCUCAUAAAUAAAAACAAUAAUGGCGUUCUGUGGCUUUAAUAAUCCAUCGUAUAAAAUAUUUUUCUGCAGUGUGAUAAAAUUCAGUCUGUUUCAGAAAAAAAGAACCAUGGGUGUUUUCUGUCCAAGUCUUCCUCCCUUCUCUGUCAUUUCUUCCUCUUUUCUCUGGCCUCCUCCUCCUCAUCACAUCUCAUCCAGUGUGACAUUAGUUGAACUUUCUGACAUCAAACAGAUGUAUCACCUCCUUAAUCAAUGCUAUCAUCAGCAUCAGCAUCAGUUUUACAGCUUUCCUUCGUACUGAAGUUGCACUGAUGAGGGCCGGGUUCCUGAAGGCAUCUUGUGUGACAGAAGCUGAUUUAAACUCAUAGUGACUGUAAGGAGUCGCUUUUCUUAAUUUAUUUUCUUCUUCUUCUUUUUAUUUUUGUGAAUAUAAAGUAUAAAAUACAUCACAGUCCACUGGUGAAAGUUUUGGGUGUUUUACUUUAUUAUUUUAUUUUUAACCAAAGGUUUUUAAUAAGUUUGAACCUUUAGUUUGUGCACAUGAAAGACUCCUGAAAUCAGCCUGUGUGGGACCUCAGCAGCCUCUCUGUUUUAUUUGACAUAUUUACCAUCUAAAGAUUCAUUAUCAUUGUGUUUUUCUCAUGUUUUCACUGAAAUGCAACAACUUUGGGAAAGGCUCGUGUUGAAAACAGCUCCUAACUCCACGCCUGUGCUGAGGUCCGAACUGAAAUGAUCCUGGUGGUAACCUGUGAGAAAAUGUAACAUGCAAGAUGCUUUUGAUGACACGGCCCCCUGUAUGGACCCACCCACCCCCACAGUCCCACCUUCAGCCCCGAGGCAACUCCUCCACACUGACUGGAGGUCAGAGACGUACAGAAAAGCUUUUCUGUCAGCUCUUGUUUGGAAAUUUGACCACGUUUAAAUGCUUUAAUGUUUCCUCUACAAAUCAUUUAUAUUUUUUAUUAUUAUUAUCAUUAUUUUCAUCUUUAGCCCCCUCACCCACUCCACUAAAUGAUUUGCAUUCAUUGUUUGACAGAAUUAAACUCUCUGUAUGACUCUGGCUGUGUGUUUUUAGCCACUGUCUGUUAGAGUAAAGCACUGAUGCAAAGAAUCUAUUACAGAGAUGGAUCUAUAUCUAAUAUAAUAUAAUAUUUAUCCCUGCUCUAACUGCCUAUUUUGGUACAAAUAAAAGAAUAAAAGUCUUUAUUGAGA